CUUAUUGGACCAGACAAGUGUCACUCUGUUCCCGAGUUUUAGUUAUGCGCUGUUGAUAUGACUUGUUUGGAGCCUCCAGACCCACAACUGAUUAUAGACGCUCAUAUCAAGCAAAAGCAGUUCAGCCUUGACUGCAUAACCGCAUCAUCUAUGCUACUUGUACAUUUGUGUAAAUAGAUUUUUUUUCUAUAUUUUUAUAACGAGAGAACAACAUGGAACUUAAUUCUCUUCUAAUUCUGCUGGAAGCUGCAGAACACUUGGAAAGAAGAGACAGAGAAGCAGAGCAUGGGUAUGCGUCUGUUUUACCAUACGAUAGCGACUUUCCUGCAAAGAAAACGAAAUCUUCGCCUAUAAGAAAAACUCAGAACAACAGGUCGUCGCACAAUGAGCUGGAAAAACACAGACGCGCCAAGCUGCGGCUCUACCUGGAGCAGCUGAAGAAGCUGGUUCCGCUGGGCCCGGACAGCAGCAGACACACCACCCUGAGCCUCCUGAAGCGGGCCAAGAUGCACAUCAAGAAGCUGGAGGAGCAGGACAAGAGGAACCUGAAUGUGAAGGAGCAGCUCCAGAGAGAGCACCGCUACCUCAAGCGCCGCCUGGAGCAGCUCUCCGUGUCGGGGGCCGUGGAGAGGAUCCGCACCGACAGCAUGGGCUCCACCAUCUCCACCGACUCCGAGCAAGACGUGGACGUGGACAUCGAGGGCAUGGAUUUGACGCCGGGUGAGCCCGACAGCGGGGACAGCAUCAGCGAUGGCGAUGGGGAAGAGGAGGAGGAGGAGUUGGAAGAGGAGGAGGACCACUACAGCCUCCAGAGCAGCUCCAGCGACAGCUAUACUGCCACCACGCAUUCCCACAGACUGCAGCCACACCACUGCUAGGGCCCGCGUCCGCCCACGCUCAGCUCUUCUACACCGCUUCUUUAUCCCUCCCCCCACUGCAGGCAAUCAUUUCUAACUUUUAUUAUUUUGUUCUCCCCGCCCCCAACAUCGUCUGUGACCCGAGUCGUUGUUGGAUGGAGCUAAAAUGGCCAAAUCCCCGCCCCCUUGUGUGCAGCUAACAGGAAGUAGGAGCUCUGGAGGUCGGACACUCCUCUCAACCGUUUGCUGAACCUUGACAUUUUGAGACCUACUGACCGUAACCUUCCCUGAGGAUUCACGGCCCGAUUCACGGCCCAAAUCACCCCCCUCCCCCCAUCCCCCCCACCCCGGACCCACACCACACUGUCCAUAAAAACACCAAAACCAGUGUUGCCAGAGGCUGGGAGAGAGAGAUGGAGAGGUAGAGGAGAUUUUGUGGUUAUGUUAGGGAUUUAUGUGGUUUCGAUACAGCUUUGACUUGUAAAUUAUGAACUGGUUUGUGGCCAAGAAAGAAAGGGAGUUUGGUAAGAGCUGAGUUAUCUACAAAUGUGAAGUUGUUUUCUUUUUAACAUGCAUUACAGAGGCGCAUAAUACAUUGUAGUUUGCCACUAAAUCAAUAUAUUUGUACACACAACACCAGCAACCCCGGUUGGACAGUAUUUUCAAUAGGAAUGUCAUUUGGUGAGGGGAACAGACUAUUGUGGCCUUCAUUAGAACAUGACAGAACUAGUCACCAAAGAAAAUAACUCCCAGAGAUGCAUGCCUAUGUUGAGGUCACUAACCACUGCUCCACACUACUGACCACUUCAACAUACCACGUGAUCAUGUGGAUAGACUACUAGUAUUCACUCAAGGAGCUGUCCAGAACUUAUUCCUCAAAAAAAAAGAAAGCUUUUCAUUGUAAAAGGCAUCCCCAGGAUUGUUUUUUGUGUUUUAAAAUUCAGUAGCAAAUUGAUGUAGCAGUGAACUUGGGAAGCUGAUGUUUUCCUCAACUGAUCCUGCGGGAUGCUAUUUUUCUCAAAGUUUUACCUCAACAUUUUACUCAUUUAAAAGGCUUAGGGCUAGUGGAGCCCCUAUCUGAUUGGCCAAUUCACAACACACAUCUAGGAAGUUAGUUCAGUUAAUUAAUUGAAACUCAAGCCAGUUGAGCUUUUGUUCUUUUUGCGUUCUGAUUAGCAAGUCAAAGCUGUUUAAGAUCAGGGGUUGCGUUUGGCCAGCUUUAACAAGUUGCUGUAUUUAGUAGGUGUUCUCAGUUAGCUAAAACUAAUCACAUUACACUUACAAAUUUAAUAUCGAUGUAUUAUCAAUAACUCAAGUCUUCUAUAUAGUUUUUAUUUUCUCUCUAUCUAUCUGGUGUUUCUAAGUCUAGCUAAAGACCUUGGUAUAGAUUAACAUAGAUCAACUGCACACAGUAACCUAUAGUCUGCAUUGCACGGUAGAAAGUUAUUGACGAAAGAGGCGCUUUUCUGCAGUUCUCUGACCACGUACUAAUCCAUAAAUCUAUUUUCCCGGGCAGUCUUUAGAGCUUGGCAUCCCAGAGCUUAAAAAAUGACCAGUACAUAAGGACAGGUCUGACCAAAAAAAAAAAUGUAUAUAAAAAAUCCCCA